CAACUACUCGACACUGCGACAGUUCUUAACCCGGGCCGACCGCUGACACCGUGACCCCCAAGCAGGCAGCUUGAACAACUCCCCCAACACCCUCCCCCUCGUCCCACCUCCACCAUGACCGACGCCGACCGCGCACCAGUCUACCUUCCCCCGUCCGACUUGUCGGCCAAGUACAAGGGCGGCAUCCAGCGCUAUGUCGCUGCCCAGCCCCAUCCCAGCGCGAGUGUCCCGGGCUCGACUCGCAUCAAGAAGAUCGAGAACUUCUACGUUCGCCCUCGCUGGCUCUUUGUGCGCAUCGAGACGGAGGGCGGUGUCGUCGGCUGGGGAGAAGGCACCCUCGAGGGUCACACCGAGGCCGUCCAGGGCUCGCUCAAGGACGUCGCAAGGCGUAUCGUCGGGUGGGACGCGAUGAAUAUUGAAGACAUCUACCAGUACCUCUGGCGCCACCGUUUCUACCGCGGUGGCGAGGUGCUCAUGUCGGCCAUGUCGGGCAUUGACAUUGCCCUUUGGGACAUCAAGGGCAAGGUGCUGGGCGUUCCCGUGUGGCAGCUGCUCGGCGGUGCGGUGCGCGAGCGGUGCGAGGUGUACGGAUGGAUUGGCGGUGACCGCCCGUCCGAUGUCCUCGAGCAGGCCAAGGUGCGCAAGGCACAGGGCUUUACCAAGGUCAAGAUGAAUGCGACCGAGUCGAUCGGCUGGCUCGACUCGCCUCACGCGCUGGACGAGACGGUCAAGCGCCUGGCCGAGGUGAAGAGCCUCGGCCUUGACGCCGGCCUCGACUUCCAUGGCCGCGUGCACAAGCCCAUGGCCAAGCAGCUCGCUCAGCAGCUCGAGCCCCACCGCCCCCUGUUCAUCGAGGAGCCGCUGCUCCCCGGCUACGUUAACGAGCUCAAGGACCUGUACAACAAGACGACCAUUCCGAUUGCUCUCGGCGAGCGUCUGUUCACGCGUCUCGACGUGCGGCCGUAUUUCGAGGCUGGGUGUAUCGAUAUUAUCCAGCCGGAUAUUGCCCACGCUGGCGGUAUUUCAGAGACCAAGAAGAUUGCCAUCAUGGCCGAGGCUUAUGAUAUCGGCGUUGCUCCACACUGUCCGCUGGGCCCGCUGGCAUUCGCCGCAUCGCUUCACGUUGGCUUCUCGACGCCCAACUUUGUCAUCUGUGAAAUGAGCUGGAAGAUGCACUACAACGUCGGCGGAUUCGACCUGUUUACGUACAUGACCAACCCAGACGUGUUUGCGGUCAAGGAGGGUGCGAUUGACCUCUUGACGGCGCCAGGGCUCGGCAUCGAGCUGAACGAGGACCUGAUCCGGCAGGAAGCGGCCGAGGCGGCCAAGCUCGAGCCGUGGCAGAACCCCGUGUUCCGGGGGCCAGACGGCACGAUUCGCGAGUGGUAAGCGCUGUAAGCUGUACUGUAGUCGCGUGGUCGUGCGGCCUCCGCAUCGGCGCAUUGUAGCGAGCUUGAGCGACGGAUGCAGACCGAGCAGGAGUUAGGACUACCGGGCCGUUAUCCAGGCCGCUGCACCGAGCCGGCGUUGACGAGCAUGAUGCGCGCUGUCUGCGGUGUCGCGCGCCGCACAGAAGAC